AUUCAAUCAUUCUUCUGUUUUGAGUUUUACCAUUUUGACGUUUACGUAAGUUGACGAAAAUAUCGUGAAGAAAUACAUGCAGCCAGUAUCAUUUUUGGCACUUUUACAACAUUAGGUUUGUGAUAAAAACGUUUAAUAAACAGUAAAUACAAGCCCUAUUGUUGUUUAUCAUUGAACAUUUUACAUAACCGGUGCAGCCAUGAGGAUUUAUCUGUUAAAAAGUGUAUCGAAAGUGAUUAGUACGAGAUUUUACUCAACGAAAAAUUUCAAAAAAGUUACCCAUUGUAUAUUUGAUAUGGAUGGAUUGUUACUAGACACAGAACAAGUAUACAAGAAAAUGAUCACACAGCUCUGUGCUAACUAUGGUCACAAAUACACUGAUGAGUUGAUGAUGAAAGUACUCGGUGGAACGGAGCAGAGGCUCUCAGAGAUCCUGUGUAAGGAGCUGAACCUGCCCGUGACUCCAAAAGAGUUUAGAGACCAACUCCUGGAAUUGGGCGAUACUAUGUUAGCAGGAACACCUCUUUUGGAUGGAGCGGAGAAACUGAUCAGACACCUUCACAAAACCAAAGUGCCUUUCGCCCUUGCCACGUCGUCAAGCGCACGAUCAGUGGAGACCAAGGUCGCCGCCCACAAGGAGCUGUUCAGCUACUUCCAUCACAUGGUCAUGGGGAGUACGGACAAGGAGGUGAAGUACGGGAAACCUCACCCGGACAUAUUCCUGGUAGCCGCCGCCAGGUUCCCUGAUAAGCCUGAUCCUUCUAAGUGCUUAGUAUUCGAAGACUCGCCACACGGCGUGACAGCGGGCGUAUCCGCAGGCAUGCAGGUGGUCAUGGUACCCGACCCCCACCUCGACAAACGACUCACGACCCACGCCACCAUCGUCCUGCCCACGUUAGCCAAAUUCCAACCAGAAUUAUUCGGACUACCGCCUUUCUAGCAGCAACUUGAUAAGUAAAUUUUUGAACCUAGUGUUGUUUUGUAGUGUGUAGUUAAUGGUUAGUCGGUUUGUAUGGUUAAUGAGAGCCACAAUAGUAAUUAAUAUUAUUGAUAAGUACAGUUGAAUAUUCAUAUUUUAUUUCUCGUCUGUUACCUUGCCUGUGUCAUGUAGGUCUUAUUACAUUAUAAAAAAGAGGUAGACCGUCAUUUUUCUCCAUAACUUUCAUCGUAUUGAAAUGUCUGUGAGAUUGUACCUAUUCUCUUCGCAGAGUUAAACCGCUUAAUGAUAAAAUCUCGAAAAACAGAAAUUUUGAAUUA